AUGGCAGAGCGUGCGCGGGCGUCUACGACAUACAAGUCUUCUGCAAGAACCGCCAGAAUUUUGGCGUUAGUGCCUAAGUCUGGUGCUGGUUCCGACAUCGAGAACAGUGAUUCUUCUGAAGAUGAAGUUUAUUAUGCACGCAAAAUUGUGGAAAACAAGAUCGUUGAGGGUUCUGAUUUAAGUUCAGAACCACCAUCACUAGGAUCUUCAUUUGAAAAUCUUCAUUUACUUUCAGAUAGUGGUGACAUAACAACUGUAAGCUCGUCAGUGAUUGACUCGAAUAUUAAUUCAUGUCAUCAAGUAUCGACCCCAUCUUAUCUUGGUCCAGAUUCACCGUCUAUACUAGCUUCAGUUUCAGUUCCAACUGCUUCAGAUAGCCAAAACCAGCAAAUCAAACACCAAAGUCCACUGGCUACAAACAUUUCAUCUAUACCAGCUUUCAACGUUUCGCAAAUUUCACCAUUAGCUGGUCGAAAUGAUUUUAACAUUGCAUCUCCAUCUGGUGGCACUCGAUCGAAGAAAAAAACUACAGUUGUUGUCAAAAAGGCACUUGUACGCGUAAAGCGAAUAGAUACGAAAUGGACUUGUACGAAAUCGUUUAAAGGUAAAGCAGAUAUUGAAGUUAGAAUGUUCCCGCCAUCACUGCAAUCUAGGUCACCGUUAGAGUACUUUUGGAUGUUCUUUGACUAUGACCUUAUAGAAUUGAUUGUCCAGCAAACUAAUUUGUAUCACAUGCAAACAAAAAGCACACCACUUAAUGUCACAACGGAUGAAAUAAGGGAUUUCAUUGCGAUACAUUUAUUGAUGGGUGUAGUAAACAUGCCUGCUUACACAGAUUAUUGGUGUAAAACGCUGCGUUACAAUAAAAUUGCUAACAUAAUGCCAUUAAAACGGUUUCAACAGAUCCGAAGAUAUUUACACUUUGCUAAUAAUUUACAAGAUGAUGGAGACAGGUACUUUAAAGUUAGAAAUCUUUUAGAAAGUAUACGCCGUAAUUGUCUCAAAAUUGAAGAGGAAAAUCGUUUCAGCAUUGACGAAAUGAUGGUGCCUUAUAAAGGUACACGAGCUGGUUCACGUAAACAAUACAUUAAAAAUAAACCCCGUAAAUGGGGUUUUAAAGUAUUCGUUCGCGCAGAAGUAUCCGGUAUUAUUUAUGACUUUUUGGCAUACGGUGGAGAGGAUAUUUCGUUAUCAUGA